GGCGAGCGCACGGCCCCGGGGCGGCGCCUGGACGCGCAGCUGAGCAGGAAAUCGGCAGCGGCGUUCUUGCCGCACGGUGGCCCGGGAAGCUCCGCAAAGAUUGGGCAGGAGUAUGGAGAUGAUGCCGGGGAGUUCUCGCCCGCCUCUAGCAAACGUUGCGGUAACCCAGGACUGAGCUGCGAGUUGACUGGCGAUUCUUCGGAGAGUGCAGAAAUGGCAGCCACACAACAGGUGCCCAAUAGAACCCAUUAAAAAAAGAAAAGAACACCCAAUGUGUAGAAAAAAAAGUGUGAACAAUCGAAGCAAGCGGAUAACGUUCAGAACUGGAGUUGAUGGAGCACUGUCGCAUCAGUUUGAAGUCUCAUCUCAACGAUUGGCACUUUUGACAGUGCAGCACUCAGUCAGUACUGCACUGGAGUAUCAGCCUGGAUGUUUGUGCUCGGGGGUUUUCUGCCGUAAGGGUUGAACUCAGAUCCGUCAGACUGAGAUUAUUUUACAAGCAUCUCAUCUACAGAACCUUCUCCAGCCACUGAGCUGAAACCUCCUUUUUAAAGUUUGAAGUUGAAAACUCACAGACACUUACCAUGUCAAUGGACCACAGCCCCACCACCGGAGUGGUCACAGUGAUCGUCAUUCUUAUCGCCAUAGCAGCUCUUGGUGCUUUGAUCCUGGGCUGCUGGUGCUACCUGCGCUUGCAGCGAAUAGGUCAGUCAGAAGACGAGGAAAGCAUCGUGGGAGAAGGAGAAACCAAAGAGCCCUUUCUGCUGGUGCAGUACUCUGCGAAAGGGUCCCGGGUCGAGCGGAAAGCCAAGCUGACAGCGAAUGGUUCAGAAGGUCAUGGCUAGUCUGCAGCUGCAGUUCAUGUGACAGCGUCUGCUGUUUUGGACUAAACAUUUGUAAUCAGAUCAUUCUUCAUACUGUGAAAGUUUAAAUCUCUUCAAGCUGCUUAUUAAAAGGGCAUUACAGCUGACCUGGUGUAAUCAGAAAUCUGAACUGCAACUGCAUGUUAAAGGAAAUCAGGACUAGCCAUUUAAAACUUAGUGUUUCCUCUGUGAAUUCUAAGCCCAUUGAGCUUGUGUUAAUGCAGUAGCUACUGUAAUUUUCAUUCUUACUGAACCUGUGGAUUUUGGUGGGGGGGGGGUAAGUGUGUGGGGAUGAGUUUGAAAUUCUAGUCCAUUUUCCAUACAAUAGCAUUUGUAUUCUGAAAAGCAAAAAUGAUCUGUAAGUGUUACCAGACCUGGUUUUGAUAAUCUUGCAGUGUUUUCCUGUGCUUGAGGCCAAGUUGGAAUUGGGGGAGGGGUUGUAAAGGGGAAGAGAAGCAGCUACAGAAUUAGAAAUCUAGUUUUUAACAGCUCCUGAUGAAGGGUCUCGGCACGGAACUGUCGACUCAUAGAUGCUGCCCGUCUUGCUGAAGUCCACCAGCAUUUCGUGUGUGUGUUGCUCAAGAUUUCCAGCAUCUACAGAAUCUCACGUUUGUUUUAAAAUAACCCAAUGUUACAAUCAUUAUUUGUGACAGAACUAGUUCAGAUUUGUCUCUCACCCCUCAUUGGAUUCUGCAAGAUCUUUUAGUUUAGAAAAUGGAAGCAGGGAGUUGUGGGGGGGGGGGGUGGGGAAGGGGAGGAAGAAGAGAGGAAUAAUUUCUACUGAGUUGCACAAUGAAGACUGCAGAAUUGUUCUCUAAUUUGUGCAUGAGGUUGUGCUGAAAUGACGUGACUGCUAGGAUGCUACCAAAGCACUUUCUAAAAACUGAUUCUAAUCAGGACCUAUGAUGGAGAAGGCUGUAGUUAGAUACUACAAACGAUCCGGAAGGUCUGUACAACAAUGGUGGCUGAGCAGUUUGUUAAAAUUGAACGCAUGUAUAAAUGGGGUUUGUAGUACUGAAAUGGUUUAAUUUAAAAACUUGAUUGUGGUACUCUACCAUAAUAUUCCUUCCUGUAAUUCAGUUUUUACAAAUGAACUUACUCUAUAUACAUUGUAAUCAAAUUUCAUUAGUGCAAUAUUCAAUGUAAACAAAUAAAGAAUUUCCCCUUUUACCAGUA